AUGUCCGCCACCCCCAUUUUCACCGAGAAAGCAGCCCCGCGUAAGUUGCCAUUGCUUACUAUUUCCCAGGCCAUUAAGACUCCCACCACCAUCUACUGCUCCGGUCAGAUCCCCUGCGAUGCCAAGGGCAACCUAAUCGAGGGUACCAUUCAGGAGAAGACAGCCGCCUGCAUCUCCAAUCUUAAGGCUGUCCUUGAGGAGGCCGGCUCGGGCAUUGAGAAGGUGGUCAAGGUCAACGCCUUCCUAACCGACAUGUCCAACUUUGCUGCCAUGAACGAGGAGUAUGCCAAGUGGUUCACCCAUAAGCCGGCUCGCAGCUGUGUCGCUGUGAAGCAGCUGCCCAAGGGUGUUGACUUCAUCAUGACCCCCUUCAUAUUCACCACUUUCCUCCUCUCUCUCGCCCUCGUAGACCUCCGCCAUUCGAUUUCCCGCACCCGUUAUCACGCUCACCCUACUUCAACGGCGGCCGACGACGCCGCUCAUUCGGAUCACCGAAGCAGAACUCGCUUGCCGCCCUGGUUACACCGGCUUAUAUACCGGUACCAGCCCUACCGCUACGACAAAGAGCGGCCCGGCUCUAGCGCCACGGCGUCGCCCGCUGUGACUCCGGGGUUAAGUCCAGGAACGCCGGGGACCCCCGGGAGUUAUCUGAGUAAGGGCGAAGAGGCGGGGGAUUAUUAUCACAGCAAGCAGCGCAAGCUGAUGAAGAUGGAGGCGGAGGAGGCGUUCGAGAUGCGCGGGAUGAUAAUGGUGGUGCUUGGCGUGGUGAGUGUUGGGGUUAUGUGGGCGGCUUGGAGGGCGGUAUCUUGGGGGCUGGGGGUUUUGUGGGGGUUGCUUGCUAUUUAG